AUGUCAGGUCGUGGUAAAACUGGAGGUAAAGGCCGAGCAAAGGCUAAGACCCGUUCCUCUCGAGCUGGUCUUCAGUUUCCAGUCGGUCGUAUCCACCGCCUUCUACGGAAGGGGCAUUAUGCUGAGCGGGUCGGGGCUGGGGCACCCGUAUACUUGGCUGCCGUCCUCGAGUACCUAACUGCCGAGAUCCUUGAGUUGGCUGGUAACGCGGCCAGGGACAACAAGAAAACUCGUAUCAUUCCCCGCCACUUGCAGCUCGCCAUCCGCAAUGAUGAGGAGCUCAACAAACUGCUCGGAGGAGUCACCAUCGCCCAGGGCGGCGUCCUGCCCAACAUCCAGGCCGUGCUGCUGCCCAAGAAAACCGGGCACCCCAGCAAGGUCUACGCCUGAAGUGGAGACGGAAUAAGGGGAAAUCAAAACUGCCACAGAAAGCAAAGGCUCUUUUCAGAGCCACCUACUUCUUUCCGGAAGAGCUUAAACUGAAUUGUCUUCAUACAAUCUUCGGCAUGUUUCCAUUACAGUGCAAUAUUUUAAAGUCUAUUUAUAGAGGAAACUUCUACAAACGCAAGGAUAACAAAUGCUGCAGGGCGGUGCCUGUCACGUUCAAUUAUGGCUUGAUGUAACCUCCAGACCAAAAAAAAGUAUUUAGAAAAGCAAUUUGUCAAAAAGUAACCAAAU